UAUUGAAGAUGAGGUCCGAGCCAUCUGGUGCACUGAAGGGAAAGCAGAAGGAAGAUAAUGAAAAGAAGACAAAACAUAUGCAUAUAUUAUACAGCAAAACUUUAUUUAAGUAAUAAUUAUGCAAAAGUAUAAUUUUAGAAAAACAGUGAGAGGGCAAUAUGUGCAUCUGUGCAUCAUGUGCAUAUCAAGGGAGGGCUUCUCUGUGUAAAUACAGUAUAAUCUGUGAAAGGCAAGGCUUGGCUCUGUGUGUGUGUGUGUGUGUGUGUGUGUGUGUGUGUGUGUGUGUUUGCUGGAGGUCCACUGGGUCUUCCUGCGCUGAGCUGCACUCACCACAGACCACAGUCCUCCAGCAGAAGAACAGCAGCAUCUCUCUGCAAGGCUUCACAAAACAUUCACAGGUAAACAUCUUAAUAUCAUUUUACUCUCACAAAACAAUGUAAACUACAAGAAAAUUGUUGUUGUUUGUAGAAAUGAGGAAUCAAUAUAUGUACUCAUAGGCUGACCAGUGGAUUUAAGAGCAUCCUUUUGGAUUUUUGUUCAUUAAGGGAGGAAAGAUGAAGCUGCUGGUCUGGCUUGGUGUUCUCCUCUGCCUCUACCUCAGCGAGGCCAGAGUCAUCCCAGAAGGAGUGCCGUAUGAUGAACCACCAGCUGUUCCCUACUGGCCCUACUCCACCUCUGACUUCUGGAACUACAUCGAGUAUUUCCGAUCCAUCGGCGCCUACAACCACAUCAACGAGCUGGCCCGGGCCUUCUACGCCCACCAGCACCUCGGAGACACCCUGGGAUACGAAACCAACGCGGGACACGAACACUGAGAGGCAUCUGGAAGGAAUU